AUGAACGAAACACUAACUUGCUUCUUUUUGGACAUCGAUUUGGAUCAGACGAUAGAAACGCAAACGGCCAACUUCGCUACAUGUGUCCUAAAUUCUAUGUUUUCCUUGAUUACAAUCACGGGAAAUUUCAUUAUUCUAAAUGCAAUUUGGAAAAACCGAGAACUGCAUUCGCCAUCGUUCGUCCUUUUGUUUUUUCUCGCUUUAUCGGAUCUUCUUGUUGGACUCAUUUGCCAGCCAUCUUUCGUCGCGUUUAAGAUCGCUGAACUUAGAAGAGACUUCAGCUGCUACUGCAUCUCGAGAAUGAUUCAGAGUAUAUCUGGAUGGACAACCUCUGGUGUGUCUCUGCUAACUCUAAGUGCAGUUUCAUUGGAUCGAUUAUUGUCUUUGACUCUUCAUUUACGAUACAACACAAUCGUAACAGUUCCUCGUGCGUUUGUUGCUUGCGUCUUUCUCUGGUUCUUUGCCGUCACAGGUAUGAUGUUGAGGUUCACUAUGACCAACUGGAUAAUUCUCCCCUUGAUCAUAUUACUGACAACAUUUCUCGUCACAGCGCUGAGUAGCUUAAAAAUAUUCAUGAUUGUGCGCAGACAUCUUUGCCAGAUCAAGCAACUUCAACGAAAUCUAAACACUUCUCGAACGGAAACAGCCCAAGUACUUAAGUGUCGAAAAUCUGUAGUGACUGUGCUUUACGUUUACGGUCUGUUUUGGAUUUUUUAUGUUCCUUUUUGUGUAACAAUGCUUAUGGAUUCAGCCGAGGGAUACACGCUGACAGUAAAAAUCGUAUAUGACUAUGUGGGGACCAUAGUUUUUCUCAAUUCGUUUUUUAAUCCAAUUGUGUAUUGUUGGCGCAUCAGGGAGAUACGAAAUGCCGUAAAGAACUUACUUCGAAAACGCGUCCUCUUAGAAAAUAACACUCGAGGCAAGUGACUUUGGUGACUUUACAAGGGAAGUUUUCCCUCAGCUUUGUUACAUCAAACUAAUGCAUUAUUAGUACGAAACGCGACGCGGACAUGUGAAUUUUGUUUAAAUUUUAAACAUUUCUGAAAGAUGAAAGCCCCCGCUGAAACAUCUCCAUGUUUUAUUGACAGCUGGACGAUAAUUUCACACAUCCGGUAAUUAACUUGACUGGUCUUGUCGCCAUAACACAAUUUAAGGCUCGUGUCGUCAAAAGUUCUAAUGACCAAUAUUGAUCUAUAUGUAAAUGUCGUUGUUGCACGCAAAUAGCAUUUGUAACUUUACAUGAUACAGAUGGUAUUUAUGAUGGGGAAACAUUGACCUUUUCAUUUUUUAAAAAUAAUUGUUUGAUUUGAGAUAGGUUUCUGCGCUCUAAAUGUUUAUCUCAUUGAUUUGUUCUGCCAUACGGUUUUGGCUUUUUCGAUACCUGAAAUAGGCCGUUUUCUCUUUUCCUUGCCCAGUUUAUAAGACUCAACAUCUCACCCCUAUUUGGAUAAUUUUCUCGGGGUUGUCUCUUUUAAGAGAUGUUUAUUAAUUACAACCAGUUUUUUCGUUUUUAAUAAUCAUUUUGGCCGCUUUUCGGUUCAGUUUCUGAUGGCUUACUUUGUUUGUUCCUUCCUCAUUUCUUAGAAAUUAAGAAUUGAUCACAAUGUCCAUUUUUCAACCUUGUGCCCUUCACCAACAGAAACACAAAUUUAAGUCAGUCCGCAAGCAACCAUUACCUUUUUUUAAGUAAAUUAUUCUUCCAAAGAAUUACGUAAUCAUUUCAAUUCUCAGUUGGUUUUUUUAAAGUAUAUUUUCCAUGCUAAAGGGAAAUAUUAUUGUUAGAGUUUUAAUUUGUUUGCUGUAAAAUCCUUUUAACUUGAAAGUGAAUGAUAUCGUCAUUAAAAUUUUCUUCUGUCUUGAAAGUGAAAGAUACCAUCAUUAUUGGUUUUCACGACAAGAGGCAGACUCGAGCGAAAGAAGCCGCUCAAACUGCUUUUUUUUUACAGACAGUAGUAAUAUCCGACAGUUUCCAACAUGACAUAUAUGCAUAUGUAGGUGACAGUGAAUUCAUUAGGUCACGGGGCAUUAUCAGCAAGGGAACAUUGUGAAAGCAGGUGUCUAUUUUUGUGGUAGCAUCUCAAAAAAACGAAGCUAAAAACGUUAACACGUUGUUGCAAGUUUAUGAAACACUGAAAGCACUAUCUCAACCACGAACACAUGGGGAGCUCUUUCAUUGAUAACUGUAAUUGAAAUCCGAUCCCCAAGAAUGUUAUGCGAUUCCUUUUGCAAAUGAUUUCUGAGAAAAACAUUCUCGGUAGAAAUAUUAAUUUUUAUGAUUCUACUUUAACAACGUAAUCAACUUCCCAACUCGUUGGAGCUUGUUUUUGGAAGCAGAUGGAUUAUUAUAGGUUUAUCACUCGCUGUGUUUCUUAAAAGUUAUGAUUAUUGAGACUACCACAUUGAAACAAUUGUGUUGAGAGGCCGUCUCGAAAUUGUUAGUAAACGAUGUCCCAUACGUCAGCAGUGCAUUCAUCCAAAUGUGAAGCACUUGGGAAGUUUCCAGAGCUUUCAAAAAACUAGAGUUGCUCUCUGCAAAGCCUUUGGAAACUCUGGGGCAACUUUCGUGCUCUCCAAACUUCCCACAAGGUUUAUUUGAAACCUGGAGAUUCUUUUUCAUCGUUUGAUAACGCUUUGAUAAAACGUAUCUGCCGAUCCAAUUUGAACUGUCUGUAUAUUUUUGUAAAUGCACAAAUAUUUAAUCUUCUACUGGCCCCAAUGCUUUUCCCUACUUACAAGGUUUUAUUUCUUUUUUGUAAGAGAGACUAUAAUAGCAAUGUAAAUUUAGUUACGUACGUGGAUGAUAAAUGUAAAGGAAAACAUACAUUGAAAAGAGAAAUGAAACAACUUCACAGUUUUGUGUCUUAAAUUCUCAAAUUCACUCUUGCAACCCGUGUCUAUAAGUAUUUCACGAGACUAAAAGGGUUUUACCAUCAAGAAAGGUUUGAUUCUAAAAUAAUAACUGCACCCAACGGCGAAUAAGGUUUAUUUUUCUUUUCCACUUACUCUUUUUUCGAAGAAACUCAAAGCGACAAGCGGGCUUGAAUUUAUUCAGCUUCACCCUAUUUCUGUAGUUUGUUUGCUCAGUUGUUAGGCAUAUAGAGUAAAUAGAUAACUUGUCCAAGUUUUGUUGAAAUAUCCUCAGACACCUGCCUAAAUGCUCGAUAAAAAUAACAUCGGUGAAAUGAAAGUUUAAUUUUUUUCAUGCCUGUAAAUGUUUAAUAACGACGGAAUAGGUUAUCAGAGCCUUUGAGCUCUUCAGUGGAGUAUAUUGCAAAUCAACAACCGAAUACAUAAUCUAAUUGAAAGGAAACUCGACAGGCAACAUAUAUUUUGAAUGUUAAUAUGGGGUGAUACAGAUGUUUUUUCGGUGUCAGAUGAAAGGUAUUUAUUUACAGGCACCAGGGGCCUAUGCAGGCGCACAAUGGUCCAGGGCGGCGAAAAUGACAUCGCACCGAAAUAUUGAUCAACAUAAGGUACCGAACUCGACUGAAACAAAAAGAUUUAUUACUAGGAGGUCCAAACCCUAGGUAAAAAUUUGCCAUUCAUUUACAGCUAAGCCUUGCCAAGUGGUCUCUGACUCGAUAGCGACGGCGGAUUCGCCAUGUUUACAGCCAACUUAACAUGUUUUUUCUUUGAAGUUAAAUGGGAGCUAGAUGAAGAAGAAAAAACAGCAAGUGUGGUGUUAUGUAUUUUAUGCGCGCUGUUUGCAAUAACUGCCAUAUCAGGAAAUGGCAUCGUAUUGUUCAUUAUAUGGAAAACACAAGAGCUUCAUUCACCAUCUUUCAUUUUGUUGUUUUGCUUGGCCAUGUCUGAUCUUCUUGUGGGAUUGGUUGGACAGCCAUCCUUCGUUGCUUACAAGAUAGCGGAGAGCCUCGAAUCUUUCAGCGCGUAUUGUAACCUGCGACUGAUUCAGUUCUUUUGUGGGUGGAUAAGUUCUAGCGUGUCCUUUAUAACUGUUAGUGGCAUCUCUGUCGACAGACUUCUCGCUUUACAUCUUCACUUGCGAUACAAAAGCAUCAUUACAGUCCGACGUGUGAUAACCGCAAUAAUAAUCGUUUGGCUGGUUUGCUCGGUGGCAACCACACUAAAGCUUUGGAUGCAAAACUGGAUCAUUAUUGCGAUUAUUGGUAAAUUAUCGGCCAUAACAACAACUGCCUUUUGCACAGGUAAAAUUUUUCGUAUCGCUCGAGGGCACGAACGUCAAAUCACUGGACAAAAUAAUAUAGUAACUAGUUGCUCAAUCCGAACGAAGGAUAUUAACAUUCGUGCAUGUAAAAAGUCUGCCACGACAGUAAUUUAUGUCUUUAGCUGGAUGUUGAUGUUUUAUCUUCCUUUCCUCGUCGUUAUGGCUAUGGAAAUGAUCAAAGGCGAUGAAAAGGUAGUUAAAAUCGCUUACGAGUGGGCCUCACUGCUUGUUUUUAUAAACUCUUCAGUAAAUCCCGUUAUCUACUGUUGGAGAAUGGAACAGAUUCGACUUCGCAUUAAGACCUUAUUUAAAAGAAAAGCUUCAUCCAAUAAAAUCCAUUCCGUCAGUUGAGAAAGUCCUGAUAAAACACAUAGAUCUUUUGUGAAGAUCAACACUUUACGCCUUAAUUACUCUUUUUAGAGAUGAUGUGAACAUAUUCAAGUCUUGAAGUAAAUAGACUUAAUAAAUAAAGAACUGAUAAAAAGAAAAAAAUUAAAGGAAAGAAAAAUAAAUUAUUAUAGAAAUAAAUAAAUUGAUAAACACUGCUCUUUUUCUGGCCCUUAUCAGUUCGCCUAUAUCACGUUUUGAAAAAGCUUCGUCUCUAUCAUAUGUUCUUGGUCAAAACCUUUGUUAGGAACUCAGUUACAGCCGCUUUUUAGCGUUUCCAACGCAACUAGAUUAUCUCUGACGCGAUCAUUCAGGUUUUCUUUUUCGAAAAGGAAAAACCAAGGAAAAAGGUUGCUUAAGUUAUUAUUUUCUACCGUGGUAGUUCAGAUCGGCAAAGAAACAAGAGAGACGUAGUUGGGAUUACGUAAUAGUUUGUAUUCGCCUUUUGUCUUUGAGGUUGACAAGUCUUGAAUAUUUCAUUCAAAAAUUGUAGCCCUUGUCAAUGAAAAGCUUUAGGUCAGGAUCUCUCCACUUAAACUGGUUUUCAUUUCAUCUUCGACACAUCCUUCGCUGAAGGCCCGGACAGCCAUGACAACUACACGUACGUAUAUUGGUGAAUUCAUAGAAAACGUCACCGAUGCUGUCACACAUACACAGGCGCGUAUAUUUGAUUCCCGAGUCAAAAACGGUCGACUGAUAAUUAAUGGGGAAGGAGUAGUUAAUUGAAUAACGAGAUGGCAGAGUUAAAAGCAGAGUCGAAAGGCUGUAAAUUAUUUUCUUUCUGGGCAGCAUAACGCAGGAAAUGUAAAGUUAACCGAAAAAUUGUUUGCUUUCCACGGUAUUGGCUGACAUUCAGUCGUUCUCAUUUCAUACACGAAAAUACAUUGAAAAAAAGCUCAGUUGUUCUCUUUUUGAUGAAGCGCUAGGACUGUCCAAUUUCAACUGCCAGAAUUGUUUCCGUGCCGAAGAAAAGUUGACAUUUUCAAGAAGUAUUUGUUCCCUAGUAAUGUUUUUACCAUUUACAAAAACAAAUAUUUUGAUCGUCACUUUCUGAGUUGUAUAACUACUAAUUGCAAGACGUGUGUAUGAAUUAUGUAUUUCUAUCAGUAUAUAGCUUCAUAUUUUUCUUGUGAAGUCCCAGCUUGUAUCAGUGUCACGUUCGCCCUCGUCAUGAACAAAACGUAUUCAAAUUGUUUCUUUUUGGAUAUUAACUUGCAAAAAAGCAAAGAAACCAUAACUGCAAGUAUCCUCACUUGUAUUUUUAACGCGGUGUUUUCAUUAAUCACAUCUACAGGGAAUUUUAUCAUUCUUCGUGUCAUCUGGAAAACUCAGGAGCUUCAUUCGCCUUCCUUCAUGCUUUUGCUUUGUCUUUCUGCCUCCGAUCUCCUGGUCGGACUGAUUUGUCAGCCGUUUUAUGUGGCUUAUCAGAUCGCAGAGCUUUCAGAUAACUACGGAGCUUACUGCAUCCUGAGAAUGACUCAAAAUAUAUCUAGCUGGACAACGGCUGGUGUAUCUUUGCUGAUUUUGAGCUGUGUCUCCGUUGAUCGACUUCUUGCUUUGACUCUUCAUCUAAGAUACAGGACAAUUGUGACUGUUCACCGUGUGCUUUAUGUCGUGUGUUUUCUCUGGACAGGUUGUAUAACUGCGGUUUUGUUAAAGGUUUGGAUAAGAAAUUGGAUCAUCAUUCCUUUAGUGGUGUUACUGAUUUCAUUUCUGGUUACAGCUGCAAGCACGUUCCAGAUAGUACAAAUUGUUCGCAAGCACCAGCGACAGAUAAGACAGCAGCAACGAAACAUCCAAAUGAACACAGUGAAUGCACUCAAAUGUAGAAGAUCUGCCGUGACUGCACUCUAUAUAUAUGGCUUGUUCCUGUUUUUCUAUGUUCCAUUUUGCUCGACCUUGUUCGCAGAGGCACUAUUUGGGUACACCCUAAAGGUGAAGAUUGCCUAUGACUACACUACAACUGCUGUAUUUGUUAACUCCAGUUUGAAUCCAUUUCUUUACUGCUGGAGAAUUAAGGAGAUACGCCAUGCUGUUAAAACUGCUCUCAAGGGAAACUCGGGAAAAUAUCAGGGGGAAUUGCCGUCAAAAUAAUUUUAAUUUUUCUUAUUUUUCUCCUUCUUUCUUUCCUUCUUUCAGUCUUUCUUUCUUUUUUUCUGUAAGGAAGCAAAAGCCGUUUAUAAAAGAUCACAUUGUUUCCUAACUUUUUCAAAAAUAAACGUGCCGGUUGUCAGAUAUUUUGAUUAGGCGCAAACUCACUUCCACUGACUUCGCUGAUUAUCAAGAUUUGACUUUACCGAACAAUAAUCCACUUGCGCAUGUCCGACAUUUAAUGCUGUUUUUGUUGCUGCGUCAUUCCUAAGAGGGAACUCGUGUCAUGGCCAUCCUAUGAGUUUCACCCACAUAAGUAGCUUUGACAGGAACAUCUCACACGGAAAAAGUUAUGUUCACGUUCGAAGUAACGCGCAGCCAUCAUCAUGAUUCUUAAUAACGUGUCGCUGAGAAGCUGCACCAGCUAUUGACGUAUUUAAUUAAGUAGAAACCGAGCGACAAAAUUACAAAAAAUUUGUCCCAAAUCUGGAAGCUAUUAUUGGGUAAAAACGAAGUUGUCAUAUUUAAAAAUCAACAGUCGUGGUGAUGUGUUUGCCUUCAUGACGUAAAGUUUGUUGAAGAAGACUGAUGAAAGCCCUUUCGACUAUGGUCUCUAAACAAGACCAGCGAGGGUUCAUAUCGAAUUACUAUUCAUCGCAAUUUUGUAUUUAAAUUUAGAAUACUACUAGUCAUUCAUAAUUUUCACCCAACUCAAUUGCCGAGGAUAAUAAUCUCAACUAUUCUAUAAUUUGUCUCCUGGGGUCUGUUGUCACUAAUAGAAUAGGUUUUGUUUUCGUCGGUAGACAUUCAUAGCCAUUUUCGUGAUAUGAAUAAUUUCAUCUAUUCUGAAUAAGCAUUAACAUAACGUUCGCAAAUUUUUCCUGCUCUAUGAUUAAAUUUUUUUAAGUGGGUGUUUUUGAAAGAGCGUUCCCUUCACUGUUAAUAACAGCAAUUGUUAGUUUCCGGCUCAAAUGUCAAAAAGAAAGUGUCCAUCUCUCUUACCUCUUUGAGUUCAAAAUAAAUUGGGAAUGAAUUAAUAAUUUCAUUAAUUAGAAAGGUUAGUAAAUUUUCUAAUUGCACGUCCCUGAAUUGUUCCAAUCUGAACGGCCAUAAAUUUCAAUUUUCAGCUCCCACCGAGUCAUUUAGAAUGUUUUCUUAUUAAGCAAACUAAACUGUCAAAUGCAUUUAUUCAGGUGUCCUACUGUUGAAUGAAGCGCGUGCUUAUGAAUAAUGAAAAUUAGAUUCGAUUUGUUUGAUGUUUCCGUUCAGCAUGUUCCAAAUCUCAUCACUGAGUUCUAUUUUUUGUCGUCAACAUGAACGGAACCAAUCUACGAUGUUCCAUUUUGGACUUAAACUUGGAACAAACUAGAGAUACCUUUAUUGCGAGUAUUUUUACAUGUAUUUUUAAUGCAGUGUUUUCCCUAUUAACAUCUUCAGGAAAUACAAUCAUUCUUAAUGUCAUUUGGAAGACUCCAGAACUUCAUUCGCCGUCCUUUAUGCUUUUGCUUUGUCUCUCUGCCUCCGAUCUAUUGGUCGGACUGAUUUGUCAGCCGUUGUUCGUGGCUUAUCAGAUCGCAGAACUUUUGCAUAACUUCAGAGCUUAUUGCAUCCUGAGAAUGACUCAAAACAUAUCUGGUUGGAUAACAGUUGGGAUGUCUUUGUUCACUUUGAGCGCUGUCUCCAUUGAUCGACUUCUUGCUUUGACCUUGCAUUUACGGUACAGUUCAAUUGUGACCGGUUCUCGGGUACUGAAAGUCGCUAUCUUUUUGUGGAUUGGAAACGUAACUGUUGUCAUCUUAAGAUUUUGGAUAAAAAAAUGGAUUUUUUUUCCCUUGGUCGCAAUACUUCUUUCGUUUCUGGUUACAGCAGUAAGUUCCUUGAAAAUUUUUUGGAUCGUUCGCAAACACCAGCGUCAGAUAAAACAGCAACAGGAGAGUGCCCAACUCUCCACGGUAAACAUGCUCAAAUGUAGAAAAUCUGCUGUAACUGUAGUAUGCGUUUAUGGUUUAUUCCUG